AUGACGGCUCUACGAAGGAUUAACUGUGUGGAGUCGACAGCAGCGGUGCUACCGGGAUACAAGCUGCGCUUUAAUAUUCCUGGAAUUCCAGUAGUGGAACCAUCCUGGGCUUGUGUGGAAGAGUGUGCGAAAGCGGAUGACAUGGUCCAUGGUGUCUUGUACACGUUGACACCACAAGAUUUUGCUCGUGUCUCUCUAUCGGAGGGAGUUCCUUGGGGGUAUCAGUGGAGGGUUGUGGAUGUAGUGCCUUAUACGGGAGAUGGCGAAACUGCAGGACAAUCUGCAGUGGCUGCUUCCGACGCAGAUUCCUCUUCAAUCUUGCAAGCAUAUACAUUGAUAUCCAACAAUCCAUUUCUACCUCGUCGUGACAUUCCACCAAGCAAGGGGUAUCGAGACUUGAUCAUUCGUGGUGCCAGGGAGUUUCAAAUGGACGAUGAAUACAUCAAGAAGCUACUAGAUACUCCUGUUGGUUUCACAGUUGGCGAAGGUUUUGUUGCCAAGGAUGUAUUGGAAGCAGCAGAAGACCGAGCCAGAAGACAAAAUAAAAGAUGA